AUGGACGCUCCUACCUUCCAACCCAAGUUCCUCCCGAAGCAGAACGAGCUGGGCCUCGUCGCCGUGGGCUUCUCGGGCGGUCAAUGCAAAUCCGGCGUCGACGCCGCGCCCAUGGCCCUCAUCGAGCACGGCCUCGUCGACCAGCUCAAGGCCGACCUCGAAUACAACAUCCACUACGACGGGGUCGUGCACGACUACGCCGACCUGAUCCCGGCCGAGGACCCGGACCACCGCAACAUGAAGAACCCGCGCGCCGUCAGCGCCGUCACCCGGCAGCUCUCCCGCCAGGUGUACGAGCACUCCCGCGCCGGCCGCCUCGUGCUGACCCUGGGCGGCGACCACUCCAUCGCCAUCGGCACCAUCAGCGGCACCGCCCAGGCCACGCGGGAGCGCCUCGGCCGCGACCUCGCCGUCAUCUGGGUCGACGCGCACGCGGACAUCAACACGCCGGAGACGAGCGACAGCGGCAACAUCCACGGCAUGCCGCUGGCCUUCCUGACGGGGCUCGCGGCGGCGGCGGAGGCGUCCGAGCCGUUCGGCUGGCUCACCCCCGAGCAGCGCAUCAGCCCGGCCAAGCUGGUCUACAUCGGGCUGCGGGACGUGGACCGGGGCGAGAAGGCGAUCCUGCGGAAGCACGGGAUCAAGGCGUUCUCGAUGCACGACAUCGACCGGCACGGCAUCGGCGCGGUCAUGGACCAGGCGCUGGGCUGGAUCGGCCGCGACACGCCCGUGCACCUGUCGUUCGACGUCGACGCGCUGGACCCCAUGUGGGCGCCGAGCACGGGCACGCCGGUGCGCGGCGGCCUGACCCUGCGCGAGGGCGACUUCAUCGCCGAGUGCGUCGCCCAGACCGGCUGCCUCGUCGCGCUCGACCUCGUCGAGGUGAACCCCAGCCUGGAGGAGCAGGGCGCGGCCGAGACGGUGAGGGCCGGCGUGUCGAUCGUGCGGUGCGCGCUGGGCGACACCCUGCUGUGA